AUGUGCAAAGGCAGCAAUUUAAGGACGUCAGCAGCGCUGGUAAACUUAUUAGCGAAAUGCACGAAGUCAACAAACGGACAGGCGGCAGUCCUCGCAGAGGAAAAGGAAUCGGAAAAUCGGGGGAACCUCGUGCCGCAAAAACAACGAGCUAAACGUCAAAACAAGCAGCAGCAACAUCCACAGCAGCAUCCACAGAUGCUGCAGCAACAGCAGCAUCAGCAGCAGCAGCGGCAACAGCAGCGGCGGGAGCCACAUCAGGAGCAGCAUAAUCAGCGCCAGCAACAAGGACGUCAAAUAGAGCAAAUGGCAAUGGGGACAAAUGAAGAGGCGGCGGCUGCCAAGGAGCACGAACACCAGACCAAACCGACAGACUCCGAAUGCAAAGGCAAACACAAACACCAGCACCAGGACCAGCACCAGGACGAGGACCAGGACCAGCACCAGCAGCAACACCAACACCAACGAAAGCGCAAUAAUGUAGCCGGCGUACAGCAGCAUGUCCUGCGGUUGCAGUUGGAGCUGCACUUGCUCCUGGGCGCCCUGUUGCCGGCUGUCCUGCUGCUGGGGCUGCUGCCCCUGCCGCCGGGCGCCGCAGCCUCGAUGACACCUUCGGCCAGGAUCUCCAGUGCCAAAGGCCCGGCACGUGAGCUCCUCUUCGCCGAGAUGGGCGGUGGAGGCGUCGGGGUCGGAAUAGGAAUCGGAAUGGGAGUUGGAGCUGGAGCUGGUGGCUCCCCCGGCGGAGCAGCCUCCUCGGCAGGCGGUGGUCCUGGCACAGGACUCACUGGGGCAGGAGGAGGAGGUGCGGCUGGCAUCGAGUGCCCCAGCUUCGACAACACCGCCUGUCCCUGCUACAAGUUCGAGGAUGGACUAUUCCUGGAGUGUCCUGGCACGACGGCGAUAUCGCUGCGCUCAACCCUCGAGCGAAUAUCGGCGCCGAUCCACUCGCUGUCCAUCUACGACUUCGACCGCUCGGUGACGUCACUAUCGCAGGACGUCUUCCAGCCCGGCGUCCACAUCCGGCACCUGCAGUUCUCCCACUCGCACCUGGAGGCGCUCAAGGACAACAGUCUGCGCAACGUCCGCUCGAGCCUGGAGUCGCUCAGCAUUGUCAAUGGCAAACUAACGCAGAUGCCAUCCCGAGCCUUGAGCUCGAUGCAAAAGCUGACGGCCCUUGAUUUCGACUACAACGAGAUCGUGCGGGUGGAGGACUACAGCUUCUACGGACUGCGGAUCUCCAAGCUGAAUCUGAAGGGAAACCGGCUGCAGGGAAUGACGGAGCACGCCUUUGCCGGGCUGGAGGAGUGCAUGCAGGAGAUAGACAUCUCGGAGAACGGACUGCGCACCUUCCCACUGAUGGCUCUCCGGAAACUGGACCACCUGCGAAUACUGCGACUCUCGAACAACCGGAUUCCCACCUUCUACGGGGACAUCCAGUUGGCCACAAACAAUGCCUCGGCUGCGGCUGCCGCAGUUGGUGCGUUCCAGCUACCAUCCUUAAUUUUUCUGGACCUGAGCUCCAAUCAGUUCGCCGAAAUCGGAGACGACUGCUUCAGGGCCUUUCCCCAACUAAAAACCCUCUCCUUCUACGCCAAUCAGAUAGAGUUGGUCCAGGCGGAGGCUUUCAAGAGCCUGCGUGAGCUCAUGUCCCUGGACAUGUCGCACAACAGGAUUAUAGCAUUGGACCCCAAGGUAUUCGAGAGGAAUAAGAGACUGCAAACGGUGGACCUCAGCCACAAUCAUAUACACGCCAUUGGCGGGGUGUUCUCGGAUCUACCGCAGUUAAGAGAGGUCUUCCUGAGUGAGAACAACAUCCUGGAGCUGCCGGCAGAUGCGUUUACCAACUCGACAAACGUCGAUGUCAUUUAUCUGGAGUCCAAUGCCAUAGCCCACAUAGAUCCAAAUGUCUUUAGCACCCUGGUUAACCUCGAUCACCUGUACUUGAGGUCAAACUUUAUACCCCUCCUACCCGUAACCCUGUUUGACAAGAGCACCAAGCUCACGUCCCUGUCCUUGGACAACAAUGAGAUCCAGGACCUGGAGAUAGGCAUGUUCCGGAAGUUGGAGCACCUGCGGGAGGUGAGACUGCACAACAAUCGUAUCCGUCGGGUGAGAAGGGGCGUGUUUGAGCCCCUGCCCUCCCUUCAGGAGUUGCACAUUCAGAAGAACAGUAUCGAGGAUAUAGAACCGCAGGCGUUUCACACCUUGGAAAACAUGCAGCACAUUAACCUGCAGGAUAAUCAACUAACCGUACUGGAGGACAUCUUUCCAGACGAAAACUCCUCCCUACUUUCGGUGCAGCUGGAAGCAAACUACCUGCACAAAGUUCACCCCCGCACAUUUCGUCGGCAGCAGAAGGUGCAAAUUAUGUGGCUAAAAGACAAUCAGUUGACCAGAGUGGAAAGGUCCUUCUUCGCCGAUACUCCUCAAUUGGGGAGGUUGUAUCUGAGCGACAAUAGGAUAAGAGAUAUAGAAAAGGACACUUUUGUGAACCUGUUACUCCUGCAAUUCCUUGACCUAAGUGGCAAUCAACUGAGGCAACUGAGAAGGGAUUAUUUUGCACCCCUUCAGGGCCUCGAGGAACUUAGUCUAGCCCGAAAUCACAUAGAGGCCAUCGAAGGUUAUGCCUUUGCCAAGCUCAAGAAUCUGAAGUCCCUGGAUCUUUCUCACAAUCCGCUGGUGCAAAUAACACGAGAUGUUUUCCUAGAUGAAUUGCCCUUAAACUCCCUGAAUUUGGCCAAUUGUUCUCUAAGAAAACUGGAACAACAUGCCUUCAAGUCACUGACCAAUCUUAAUGAGCUCAAUCUGGAAAGAAACCAACUGAAUCCAGCGGAUAUCCAAAAGCUGGAUAUACCAAAUCUCAGAAGACUGCUUUUGAGCCACAACAACUUCAGCUAUGUCGGAUCCGUUGGCAUCAUGGCUGGAAUGUUUGACAGACUCCGCUCACUGCAGCAACUCUCCAUGUCCAAUUGUAGUUUGGGGCAGAUACCCGAUUUGCUCUUUGCCAAAAACACAAAUUUGGUUAGACUAGACUUGUGUGACAACCGACUGACCCAGAUGAACCGGAAUAUCUUCAGUGGCCUGAAUGUGUUUAAGGAACUGAAGCUCUGCAGAAAUCAACUCUCCGAGUUCCCGCACAUUGCUCUCUAUAAUCUCAGCACGCUGGAAACCCUGGACCUGGCCCGAAACCAGUUGGCCUCGAUUGAUUUCUUCAAGCUAAGCGGAACCCUAAACCUCCGGCAACUAAUCCUGAGAGACAACAAGAUCACCGCCUUGAGUGGCUUUAACGCCGUUAACCUCACCCAGCUGGACAGUGUGGACCUGAGUGGCAACCUGUUGCUCUCCUUGCCGGCCAAUUUCCUGCGCCACUCGAUCAAUUUGCAGAAGGUGGACUUGUCCAGCAACCGAUUCCUGCAAAUACCCUCAUCAGCCUUGUCGGAUGUUUCCAUACCACGCCUCUCAUGGCUGAACUUGACUGGCAACCCUAUUAACAGGAUUUACACUGUGAAGGAAGAGCGGUAUCCCUACCUCAAGGAGCUCUACAUUUGUCAGACGAACCUGUCCAUACUCACAUCCAAGGACUUCGAGGCCUUUCAGGCGUUGCAGCACCUCCACUUGGUGAACAACAGAAUUACCAGAAUUUCCCCGGGCGCCUUCAAGUCACUGACCAAUCUGCUCACUCUGGACUUGAGCGUCAAUGAGUUGGAAAUGCUGCCCAAAGAGCGAUUGCAAGGCCUUCGUCUGCUGCGUUUCCUCAAUAUUUCCCAUAACACCCUCAAGGACCUGGAGGAGUUCAGUGCCGAUCUCUCGGAGAUGCAAACUCUGGACCUCAGCUUCAACCAGCUGGAUCGUAUCUCAAAGAAGACCUUCAGAAAUCUGCACGGUCUGCUGGAACUGCUCCUCAUGGGCAAUCGGAUGACCGUUCUAUCAAACGACGCCUUCCGGUUCUUGAGGAAACUGCAUGUUCUGGAUCUGCGCAAGAAUUAUUUCGAGCUGGUGCCGUUGGAUCCACUGAGGCCCCUGGAAACCAACCUUAGAACCCUGAGGCUGGAGGAGAAUCCACUGCAUUGCAGCUGUGACGCCCAGAAGCUCUGGGAAUGGUUGCGGGAUCAUCGUAAAUGGUCGCUUUCCACGGGCUCCGGCGCGGGGGGAGGAAUUGGCGGACUGACCGGAGGGCUGGGCGGCGAUUCCAUUAAUUACCUAAGGUGCGAACACCCGACGGAGCUGCGGGGCAAGGUGUUCGGCAGGAUGGAACCGCAGCAGUUUUGCGACGCGCCGCUAAUACCCAAAAUGGCCAUCCAGGACAUUCAGCCCUACUCGGUGGUCGUGUCCUGGCAGAGCCGCGACCAUUUGGGCCUCAAUGGCUUCGAAAUUGUUUACCACGCCACUGGCGACGGCCUCGUUCCGGCCGGAUCUCCAACGAACCGUGAGCGGGACAGCCACAGUCACAGGGACAGGGACAGGGGUCACGACCCCGACAGGCAGCGAAGCCGGGAGCAGGAGCAGCGCGCACGAGAGCGGGAUCGCGAGAGGGAACGGGAUCGGGACAGGGAGCGAUUCCCCGUCGCCACCGAUGAGAUCCACGGCAAGCGGCUAAAUGGAACGGCCAGCUCGACCAAGCUCACCAAGCUGAGCCCCAAUACCCGCUAUCACAUCUGUGUCAUCGGGAGCGGUAAUUGGCUCUCGGAGCCGCUGGCGAACGCUCUGCAACGGCUCCAUGCCAACGAGUCCUUGCGCGAGGAGGAGGCGGUGAUGAUGUCGGCGCCGCUGCCCGAGUCCUUUUCGCCUUAUCAGCACCAGCACCAGCAUCAGCACAACCGGAACUCCAAUAGCAACACUAAUGCAGCCAUGGUCCAGGACCACAGCCACAACCAGAACCAGCAUCCUGACCAGGACCUGGACAACGCCAUCGGGCAGGACCACGCGCUGAUGGAGGUGCUCAAGAACUCCCACAUCUCCGCCUGCACAGAUGUCCAGACACUGGACUCCACGCCCAGCCUGGUCACCGACGAGAACGGGCUUUCCAGCAACGGUUUCAUUCACUCCAUCCUCACCAGAAGAUUGGGCCUGAUUGUGGGCUGUUGCCUGGGCAUCAUAGUGUUCAUCGUAAUGAUCUCGGUCCUGAGUUAUGUCAAGCUGAAGAAGCAGCGCAUCGAAAACGCCAAGCGGCAGGCCGCCCUGCCGCCCGAGUAUAUAUCCUACAGGCACUUCUCCAUCCCCAACGAGGAGCUGACCAGGACCGCUGCCAAUGCGGGAGCAGCAGCGGCAGCAGCGGCUGCCGCGGCAGCAGCCUCAGCGAAUAAUUCGAAUAACUCCAAUAAUGCGACCGACGCGGGUGGCUCGCCGCACAUGUCCAGUGUGCCCAGCGGCAUUAGUGCGCACAUCAGUGGGACCAGCCUCAGCACAGGUGGCACGGGCACCGGCUCCACGACCACCACGGCCACCACGCCCAUUGGGGGCGUGCCGAUUGUUGGGGUGCCCCUGGGCAAGGCGGGCAGCCCCCUUGUGGGCGUGGGCGUGGGCGUAGGCGUGGGAGCGGGCUUGGUGGUGGCCGACUCCUCCGUGGACGUAGGUCACGCCCACAACCACAAUCACAACCACAACCACGCCCACGCCCACGCCCAUGCCCACCGGCAGAAUAACGGUUACAUGGCGGCGGGCGUGGUGCUCAAUACAAACCACUUGAGCGUGUGUUAGUCGCACCACCAGAAGGAUUAGGUAAAUACUAGAAGCGUGGUUGCAGGUGCCGAGUUGAGGGGUGCUACAUUUGUAAAAGAUAUUUCUGCCUUUCAAUCAAUUCCGCAUUCAGCUUGAAACGCAUCCCUAAAUGUCCUUUUCAAAAAUUGGUUGGUCCCAAAAGUGAACUUACCUCCUCAAUACCCUUUCUCUUUAGGGCUCAUUUCAUUUAAGAUGAUCUCCCAAGUAGCCCUUCACUUACAUGCACACAGCAGUGCUUGAAAUAUGCAAUUUGUUUCAAUCAGCCAGCGAUUGCGAGAUAUGUAUGUGAAUUGCAAGUAUUUACAAAACAUUAAUGCCCAGCUAGCACAGCGGUUCUGUACAUGCAGCUCAACUGAAAAUACCGAAGCGUAAUCGCUUACCCAUUCGCGAAUAAAUGAGUUAUAAGAGGAUCUACCGCAUGUGCAGGCUGCAUUUUUUGACAUUGAACACUGAAAUCCGCUUUUAAUAAUUAAAUGGAUGGCGUGAUUUAUUGGAAUUUUAAGUGAAUUCAUCCACUUCAGCACCCCUUUCAAAUCAAAUCUGCAAAUCUGCAAUCCCUAAAAAGCGAGCAAAAGCGAGCAAAAUCGAGGAAAAGCUCGCAUAUUUCACAUUCGAAAUGGAGUCAAAAACUUUUACCAAUCAGAGCAAGCGCAAAGCAGUUUUAUGUUCUUCAAUGUGCCCAACAUGCAUUUAAUUUACGAUAGGAGGUGCCAAAAAACCAAAAAAGGCGAAUAAAGGUAAAUAUAGAAAAAUGAAGAAAAUCUAGGUUAGUGAUAAUUACGAUGAUGCGUUCAACGUUCGUUUAGUUAUGACAAUUGAAGGUAGAGCACAAUGCGAGUAUCGGAAGGCAAUUUGGCAUUUUCAAUGUAAAUAAUGUGGAAUCAAAGCAAAUCUCAGCCCUAAUGUUGCAUCUAAAUCAAAUUAAGCUCUAUAUAAUGCUAUCUAUAAGAACUACACACA